CAUCAGGAGGGCUGUUUGAAAAGAUCAUAGACAGUAAAAGAAAAGAUCCACAGAAACUGCGCGUAAUAUUUAUAUCUCUUGAAAACUAUAUUUGAUGAUGUUUUAAUAUAUCAAAACGAACGACAUUUUUAAUCCUUAUGAACAAAGAACAUCAAGAUCAAAUAAUGGCUGGAGAAAUUUCGGGCAGUUUGAGGGGUCAAUCCUUCUACCUGCAUGUUGUGAAGAGACAUCAGUCCAUCACACUCGCUGACAUCAUCAGCCGUCUGGGAGGGAAAGUGGACAGUUUUCUCACCAAGGAUGUCGAUGUGAUUGUGACGGGAAUUAAAGAACCUCAUAGUGAUUUGCAGGUGGAUGGUUCAUGUACUGCAGGGGGGAAACAAAGUGGAGCCCCCAAACCUCUGCUUUGUGGCAGUCGUGGAAAAGCAUUACUGGAAAAAGCAAUCCACAGAAAUGAGAAGUAUCAGAGCAGUGUGCUGGCGAAUGCUCGGUUGUGGGGAGUCAAGGUCUACAAUGUAGAUGAAUUUCUAAAGUUCAUCAAUCAUCUAAAUGAGAAAAUGAAGAUAGCUAAGAAAAAAAGAAGCAAACUAACAGCUCCUCAUGUGAAAGCUGGAGUUUUGAGAAGUCCUUAUCUGAAAGUGGAGGACUCCAGUCGGAAGUUCAGACCAUUCUAUGCACAGACUCUGAGUUUCCCAGUGAUGAGUUUUUCAGGAAGAUUUAGCCCUUUUGAGCCCCUCAUUCCUCGGCAGUCUGGUAGAAGCAAGGAUGUAGAUUCCAGCGAGGACAGUUUUAGGAAGAAAGAAGCUAGUAUCAGCUGCCGUAAGUUGCGAGUGCCACAUACUGCAAGCGCCACACGCAAAGGCCCAACUAAGAAAAGUUCAGGCUAUUGUGAGUGCUGCCACGUGGUCUACAAAGACCAGUAUGAACACUUGCUGUCUGAAAUGCAUCGUUCUUUCAUUCAAAAUGACAGUAACUAUGCUGUAGUAGACCAACAAAUAGCUGCCAUGGUGGCUAGCUUUGUUUGUAAUGCAAAUCUAGAGGUGGAUCCAACGCCAAUCAAGUCAUUGACAGGCUUCUCUCAAUUACAAUUGUGUAAUUUAACUGAGACUAAUACUGUCAGCGAGAAUGAAAAAUCUCUUCAGACUCCACUGCAUCAAGAAUGUGAUCGUCUACUGGCAAUUACUGACAACAGAGUAAACCUCUUUCCUAAACCUAUCCAGAGUCCACCUGGUCAACCAAAUGCAACCUCGCAUCCUACAAUGCAAAAUAACACUCCUGAUCAUGGCAAUGUGAAAUUAGACCUCUACAUCAGCUGCACCACAGAUGUUCAGGACUUUCAAUCUGGUGUUCUUUGCAUGGAUAUAGUACCACAUCACAUUCCUCCAAAAUCCCAGUCAAUAGAGAAGAAACCCAAAAGCCUCUCUUCUGUCAUACUUUCAGAAGCUCCAUUCAAAAUGCUCACUCUAAGCUCUUCCGGAGAAAUCCCACGCAUAAUCUCUGGUGGUAGAAAUGUUCCUGAAUCUCAGGAACGAGGUGAAGGUGGUCAUAAUCUACAUGUGUUGCAUAUGCGAAGGGAUCUUAUACGUGGUAUUCCUAACACAUUCAUCUCUCGAAAUCAAAAACCUGAUUGGGAUCAUUGUUUAAAAAUGUGCUCAAAAAGCCCUAAGAUGCUACUCCAGCGAGGUGAAGAUGAUAAUUCUGAAGGUUGUGGCCAGUAUGCGUCAGCCCAAGAUAGUUUUUGGCCUCCAGAGUUAGGCAUGUCUUACUUUUCAUUUCCACAUAUUUUACCAUUUCCACACUUGUCAGAUUACCCAUUUUCUAUAGUUUGCUUAAAAAAGCGCUGCAGGUCCUUCACUCCAAGUCCAAAACUUGCCAAGAGAAGAAAGAUUAAAGAAAAGCCAAACGCAAUUCAGGGGGGUUGCAGUGAUUCCUGGAUAAGACCGUAUUCAUCUGUACUUUCCACCAUGACAUGUUUACCGGUCUCCAAGGUGGGUUUUACAACAGAGAUGAAUAAUCAAACUGGAGGUAGCAUACUAGCAACCCAUGAAUCAUCACUGAAUGAGUCAUCUCUUGUGAAUCAGAUCCCAACACAGCCUUCCCUAAAAUAUUUUUCUCCCAGUACCCAUUUUUUGCCACAUCAAGCUGACCAACAGGCCAGUGCUGCAAAUCAACCCUGUGUCCAUGUUAAGCAGUCGCAUGAAUUGUCUCCAAUCAAAGAUUCAAUGGAAUCCCAAAUAACCACUUACUCAUCUGAUUUGGACCCUCCUCGGUUGGUUCCAUUUUUCCACGAAGACCAUCAACUCCAGCGCCAUCCGUUUCAUGAUCCUCCAGAACUGUUACCAUUUUUUUGCCAUACACCAGAAGAUACUGUCCAUACAUCAGUAAAUAAAGCCUCAAACAGCUCAUUCCUGUCACACUCUGGAGCCUCUGUUUGCACUGAAUCUGCUCUCCUCCCUAACCUCACCUGGUCCACGGGCUCUUCUGAGUCAGAUUGGGAUUCUGGCCUGUUGUCAUGCUUUGCGGCUGGAGUUCCUCUUCAGAAUAAAGGGGCACAUGACGACGUGGGUCUGUUAUUACAAAAGCCACACACUGGUAUGCAGGAUGGGAGCUAUACAUCACGGUUGUGUUCCAUACUGCAACCAUCUUGAUUCACAUCAUUGGGAUUGAAGUUGCACCAAUCCAACAAUUGUGACUGUUGAUGAAUUCAAUGUUAAAGCAUUUUCCAUUCUAAGUAGUCUUUAUUUUUCAGUUCUGCAAUUAAAUUAAGAUGACUACUACCAUUACUUGUGAAAUAAGACUAAUGAAUAACGAAUUAAUUGUUUGUUUUUAAUAAAAAAGAUUUAUUGUA